CUUGAAGAGCUAUGAUGGCAGUCAACAAGGGCCCAACCCUGCUGGAUGGAGAUCUCCCUGCCUGAGUUGGAAUCCUGGCUCUGCCACUUACUAGCUGUGUGAUCUCAGGUAAGUCACGUCACAUCUCUGAGUCUUUGUCUUCUGUUCUGCAAGGUGGUAGUAAUAAUGCUGACUUCAGAGGGUGACUGUUAGAAUUAAAUGAGGUCAUGCCACCAAAGCACCCCGAUCAGUGCCUGGAGCAUAAUGGCACUGAGUAAAUGUUGUUUCCCUCUGCAAGACUAGAGUCCACAUUUUUUUAAAACUCAGAAACUGUUUUUUCACUUACAUUCCUAGGUGAUCUGAAGUUUAAUUAUGUGGCUGCUGCCAUAGUUAGAAUGCAUUAAUAAGAGCACAGCACCCCAGUAAUGAGAAGUGAUGGUUUCAAUAUAUCCCAUAUGUUCAGACCAUACCUGGAAUGCUGUCUUCAAGUUUGAGUGCUAUAUUUUUAAGAAUAGCAACUCCAGACUGUAGUGUGGGCAGAGGAGGAAAUCACCAGAUCAGGGUGCUGAGCCAUUUGUAAACUAAGUUAAGAACUAGAGCUCUUUAGCAUGGAGAAGGGACCACUAAAGGGAGACAUAUUUGUAUCCAAAUAUGUGAAAGGCCAGCCCAUGAAUGAUGAAAUAGGUUUACUCGGUGUUGUUUCAGAAGGCAGAGGGUGGAGCAGUGGGUGGAGGUGGAUUUCAGCUCAGCAACACUGUCCAACAAGGGGCAUAAGCCACUCUGACCAGUGAGCUCCAUCCAAGGAGACGUCCAAAUACGAGCCUCCCAGAGGGACUGUGGGAAGCACUCUUGCUGCACAGGCCCCUGGAGGCCUAAGAUUCUGUGAUUCUGUGCAGUUGGGCAGAUCUAAACUUCCACCUUCUAGUAGGUGCAGCCCUCAAGUGAUUCAUUUAUUCGACUAACAUUACUGUGCAAGCUUUAGGCUGAGCCCUGGAGAUACCGAGAUAACAGUCUGCUGGGAGAGAGACAAGUACACACAUGCCCAGGACAAGCACAGCACCAUGUGACAAGAGCAGGAGAACGUGCUGCAGCGGGUCCUGCAGCUGCCGGUGGUGAGUGGCACCUGUGAGUGCUUCCAGAAGACCUACACCAGCACCAAGGAAGCCCACCCCCUGGUGGCCUCUGUAUGCAAUGCCUACGAGAAGGGCGUGCAAGGCGCCAGCAGCUUGGCCGCCUGGAGCAUGGAGCCGGUGGUCCGCAGGCUAUCCACCCAGUUCAUAGCCGCCAAUGAGCUGGCCUGCCGAGGCCUAGACCACCUGGAGGAAAAGAUCCCAGCCCUCCAGUAUCCUCCUGAAAAGAUCGCCUCUGAGCUGAAGGACACCAUCUCCACCCGGCUUCGCAGUGCCAGGAACAGCAUCAGUGUGCCCAUUGCCAGCACUUCAGAUAAGGUCCUAGGGGCUGCUCUGGCCGGCUGUGAGCUCGCCUGGGGGAUGGCCAAAGACACUGCCGAAUAUGCCGCCAACACCCGAGCCGGCCGGCUGGCCUCUGGAGGGGCCGACUUGGCCUUGGGUGGUGUUGAGAAGGUGGUAGAGUUCCUCCUUCCUCCAGCCAAGGAAGAGUCAGUGCCUGCUCCAGGACACCAGCAUUCCCAGAAACCUCCCAAGGCCAAACCAAGCCUCAUGAGCAGAGUUGGAGCCCUGGCCAACACCCUCUCUCAACACACCUUGCAGACCACAGCCCGGGCGCUUAAACAGGGCCAUGCCCUGGCCAUGUGGAUCCCAGGUGUGGCACCCCUGAGCAGCCUGGCUCAGUGGGGCGCAUCAGCGGCCAUGCAGGUGGUGUCCCGGCGGCAAAGCGAGGUGCGGGUGCCCUGGCUGCACAACCUCACUGCCACUCAGGAGGAGGACCAUGAUGACCAGAAGGACACAGACGGGGAGGAGACAGAGGAGGAGGAGGAAUCAGAGACUGACGAGAACAAGCUCAGUGAGAGAGCAGCUCUGCCUGGCCCACAAGGCCUCCUGGGCAGUGUGGCACACAUCCUGCAGAAGGCCCUCCAGAGUACCAUCUCAGUCGUGACAUGGGCACCUGCAGCUGUGCUGGGCACGGCGGGGAGGAUGCUGCACCUUACACCGGCGCGUGCUGUCUCUUCCACCAAAGGGAGGGCCAUGUCCCUGUCCGACGCCCUGAAGGGUGUUACUGACAACGUGGUGGACACCGUGGUCCACUAUGUGCCACUUCCCAGGCUGUCGCUGAUGGAGCCGGAGAGCGAAUUCCGAGACAUCGACAACCCGCCGGCCGAGGUGGAGCGCCGGGAGGCGGAGCGCAGGGGGUCUGGGGCGCCGCCCGCCAGCCCGGAGCCCGCGCCGCGCCCCGCACAGCCCCGUGGCAGCCUGCGCAGCGCUCGGGGCCCGGGCGCCGAGGACAGGGUGGAAGCGCCCGCCGCCCCGCGCCCCGCCUUCCCGGCCAUGCCCCGCGAGAAGCCCACGCGCAGGGUCAGCGACAGCUUCUUCCGGCCCAGUGUCAUGGAGCCCAUCCUGGGGCGCGCGCAGUACAGCCAGCUGCGCAAGAAGAGCUGAGCCCACCGCGCCCCCAUCCCUCCCCGCCCCCCGUCCCCCACCCCGCACGGCCGGCGCGUCCCCACUGAAGGCCAGGGCCGCUGUCUCCAGCAAACAAACAGAACCUACACGUCCAAGUGAGCCUUGACUUACUCAAAGUAGUCCCCUUGGGUCCUGAGCCUCAUUCCAAGGAUGCUGACAAGGCACACAUCAUCUUUUGAGCAUCCUUUUUGGCCUUAGCUGUCAGAGCCCAUUUUCGAGAAGCAUCAGAGUAGCAGUCUGCUUUGAUGCUAUGCCUUGUUUUUUACCAAAAAAUUAAUUGCCUACCUUGACCUCUCACUUCUUCAACCAAAUGUGUGGCCAAAUGACAUCUAACUGUUUCCAAUAUUUACAUUCAUCCUCUGUAGACAAAUAUUUGCCACCAGUGAGUAACGCGUCACCACCCUGAGGGUCCGAGCGGGAGAUCCUGACACAUUUUUAAGCCCUGAGUGCAGAGAUUCCUCUGAGUAUGCAGGCUCUCAGCAGACUACUUUGAAGGGAACAGCGCAAAAGCUCUUGAGUAUUUAUAUGCGUAUUAGCAUCACUUUCUGAGUCCCCUGCACUUUCCACAGGCUGAGUCCUGGCCUGUGCUCUGUAGCGCCACCUCCCUGCUCACAGCCCCUUUUCCAUUUCCACCCUUACUGCCUUCCACCUGCACAUUCCCCCUUCCCUCAGCCUCUUGAAUGCUGGCGCCCUCAGUGCUGGGGGACAAUGGUGACCAUUCAUUAUAGACCAUAUAUGUAGACUCUAUAGCCACAGUUCAUUCCAAGCCCUAUUUUUGAAAAUGCUAAUAUUUGGUCAAUCUAGGAAAUGCAUACAUAUAAUUUAAAAAUUCAAACAUUGCAGAAGGGUGUGUGCCUUCCUCUCUGAGUUCUCUGGUUCCCCAACCUCAAAACAACCAGUCUUUUGUGUACCCUUCCAGUUGUGGGCUGUGCAUGUGGAAGCACACAUGUAUAUACUCCCCAGUCUGUUUACACAAACUGUGGAAUGCUUUUUUCACUUAACAAUACAUCUUAGAAAUCUUUUUGUAUUAGUAUCAUAAAUCCUCCUUACUCUUUAAUGGCCACAUAGUAAGCACUUCAUAAUAUAAUAUAAAUGUGCCAUAUUUGACUAAACUAGUUCCUUAAUCAUGGACUUCUAGGUUGUUUCCAGCUUUUUGCUCCUGCAAACAGUGCUACAAUAAAUGUCUUUAUACAAAAUGUUUCAUGUAGAUGU